AACACACAAACCAAAGCCACAUCACAGCAAAACUCGAAGAUCAGAUAAGUCGAGAUGGGCAGCAUCCAGAUGAAAACCCGACUGGUCCUGGUCACUCUGAUGUUGCUGGUCUUCUUUGAGAUGAGCCAGUGCUUUACACUGUCCAAGAUUGAGAAUGGACAAGGGUCCAUGACCACUAAGACAUCCCAAAACCCGAGGGACAUGGCAUCUGUGCUGCUGCGGCAGAAGAGAAUGAGCCACAUCUCGGUGUGUGUGUACUGCUGUGAAUGCUGUAAAAAGAAGACAUGUGGAUUCUGCUGCAGACUUUAAACCCCCAGCUGCUCAGUCAAAGAAUGUCAUCCUGUCGAAGGCCUUACCAUCCUUAUUUAUUGCUUGGUAUCUAUUUAAUGCAGCUGCCUCUCAUCGUUUUCAAUUAAAGUUGCACCUGCAUUUUACACAGCAGGAAAAGGCCAUUGAGCCACUCUGCUCUGUGUUGGCUCCACACUGGCCUCCUCCCACAUCAACUUCCCUCAUCAUCCCGCCCAUCACCCAUCUCCUUUUGUUCCUCUCUCCCUUAUGUGUUUAUCCAGCUUACUCCCUCUUCAAUACAUCAAUGUGAUUUUCAACGCCCCACUCCUUGUGGGAGCGAGUCCCACAUUCUCUCCUCCACUCCCUGUGGAAGACUGUCCCAUAUUAUCCCCUCAAUCCCUGUGAAAGCGAGUCCCACAUUCCCCUGCUCCACUCCUUGGGGGAAGACGUAUCUCCUAAAUUCCCCAUUGGGUUUAUCAGGCACUGUCUUAUCUUGAAUUUUAGUUUUAACCAUUUCUGGUACCACUAUUCUGUUCUUUGAAUGUAACCUGAAUUUACACUGUUUAUAACGCACGUGUGUGUGUGUGUGUGUGUGUGUGUGUGUGUGUGUGUGUGUGUGUGUGUGUGUGUGUUUCUGUAUGAGUGAUUCAAUUUAUGAAGUUGUGUGUAUGUAAAUGCACGUGUGUGUGUAUGAAGUUGUGUGCAUAUAAAUAUAAUAAAAUGUGAGGCUGGAUGAACACAGCAGGCCAAGCAGCAUCUCAGGAGCACAAAAGCUGACGUUUCGGGCCUAGACCCUUCAUCAGAGAGGGGGAUGGGGAGAGGGAACUGGAAUAAAUAGGGAGAGAGGGGGAGGCGGACCGAAGAUGGAGAGUAAAGAAGAUAGGUGGAGAGGGUGUAGGUGGGGAGGUAGGGAGGGGAUAGGUCAGUCCAGGGAAGUCAGACAGAUCAAGGAGGUGGGAUGAGGUUAGUAGGUAGCUGGGGGUGCGGCUUGGGGUGGGAGGAAGGGAUGGGUGAGAGGAAGAACCGGUUAGGGAGGCAGAGACAGGUUGGACUGGUUUUGGGAUGCAGUGGGUGGGGGGGAAGAGCUGGGCUGGUUGUGUGGUGCAGUGGGGGGAGGGGACGAACUGGGCUGGUUUAGGGAUGCAGUGGGGGAAGGGGAGAUUUUGAAACUGGUGAAGUCCACAUUGUGUGUUUGAGUAUGAUUGCAUGUGUGUGUGUUUGAGUGUGUGUUUAAGCGUGUGUAUUUGAGUGUGCAUAUAAUAACUACUACUGAGUCAUUGAAAUGUCUGAUACUGAAGUUGAUGAUAGUUAAAAUCUGAAGAGAUGACAAGCAGGCCCCUGUUCUAUGCUCUUAAACAGAAAUUUAGCCUUACAAUAUUUUCACACUGCAUCUCAGCAGGACAACAGUUGUAAAUAUUGUAAUUUGUAAAACAAAAUUAAUAAACUGCUAUUAUCUUCAGAAAA